AGUAUAAAAUCUUUGUGUUGGUGUAAUAAGUAUCAAUAAAGCAAUGAAUAAGUAUUUAAUUUAUUAUAGUUAUUAUAGUAUUUAUUUUAAUUAUAGUGGCUGUUAAAGAAAGUCGCUUCGCGCUGUGUGAAGAGUCGUGACUCGGUAGGCGGGAGACGUAAUUGCCGUCGCGAGCAAACAGUCGGUGGCAUUUUUAUCAUUUAAUAACUUUAUCAUGAACCCGCCUACGGGGGACGCUGAAUGAAGAAUCCUCAGUCGACAGAGAUCGGUCGUAGUGAGACAGUGCCCUCGCACGAACAAAUUAAUACUGACGUUAUAAUGAGUGCUGCGAUGGACGUGACGGGUGUGAGCGAGGAAGACCAAGGAUACGCGUUGCGGGCUAAAAUCAUCACAAUGGUUUGCCUAUUCGGCGUUUCCAUGGUGGUCGGAUGUGCUCCCAUGCUUAUUUCCAUGAAAUUCGGUUGGUUUUCGAAGUCUAGCGGACCAGACAUGAGGACAUCUAACCAGUUGGUGAUUGGACUCCUGUCUUUUGGCGGCGGUGUACUAUUUGCGACUACUUUUAUGCACCUGUUGCCGGAAGUUGGGGAGAAUAUUGAGUCACUGCAAGAAUUGGGCCAAAUAACAAAGAUGCCGAUAUCGCUGGCUCCUCUGAUAAUGUGCAGCGGUUUCUUCAUGAUGUACCUAGUCGAAGAGCUAGUGCACGUUUACAUCAACAGCCGAGACAACAAGACAGCCAACACCAGCUUCACGAGAGUACUGAGUAUACGACGAAGCAGCACGGAACAAGAGACUACGGAUAAACCUAUCAAAGAGCUGGAAGCGCAAAGACACCACGGUCAUAGUCAUUUGGCUGUGGAGUCAGAUGACACUAUAGUGGCUGCUCUGCGCGGUCUUUUGAUUGUAUUGGCGCUGUCUAUACACGAACUGUUCGAAGGUCUCGCUGUUGGGCUCGAGUCGUCUGCUAGAAGUGUUUGGUACAUGUUCGGAGCAGUAUCAGCUCACAAGUACAUAAUAGCGUUCUGCAUCGGUGUGGAACUCCUGGCGGCCGGCACCAAGCGCUGGCUGUCCAUCGUGUACAUCUUCACCUUCUCCUUCGUGUCCGCGCUCGGCAUCGGCGUUGGCAUCAUCCUGGUCGGCGGCGCUGGUGCCACUGAGGCGGGCAUAUACUCUGUUGUGUUGCAGGGGCUAGCUUGCGGCACGCUGGUUUACGUGGUGUUCUUCGAAGUAUGGCGGCAAGAUCGUACAGGCCUGAUGCAAUUCCUCUGCUCAAUACUAGGCUUCGCGUUGAUGGUUUCCUUGGAAGCUGUAGCUAAUUUAGUUGUUUGACGAAUGGAAGAACGCUAUGAAAACAUUCCCAAAGAUAUUUUCGCUUGGAGUUGUGAUUAGAUUAUCGUGACUUCGAUAUGCGAAUAGUGACGUAAUUAUUACUUAAAUAUAAUGUUAUACGUAAGAAUAGUCAUAAUUAAUAAAUGUUUACGUAUUAUUAUUA